GCAGCGCUCGAGCUCAGGAUGCAGAGCUCUGGAAACAUUAGGAAAGUCUCACGCCUCUCUGUAUAACCGACGACAGACACUAUUCUUUACAGGAAGAAGCGCUAAACUCUGGACUUGGAGCCUUAUCCUCGUUUUUGAGCGAAGUAGGACACGUACAGUAAGACCUUGCCAGUGUAGUAGCAACAAAUCCACGGACAGCCAGAGAGCGAUCACAUCAGAGGCCAUUCCUCUCUUAUACUCCAUCACUCCAUCAAGAAGAGAAAUGAUGGUCAAAAUCAUAUGAAAUGAUGUCUCUGUUUAUCAUGCUUGCUCUUCUUGUGAAUUUCAUUACCAUUUCACAAGGUCUUGCUGCUUUAAGUCCUUCUGAUGGCAGGGGAGGGGUUUAUGAAGACCUGAAGUGGAAGGCUCUGCUGUGUUGUGAGCCCUUUGCUCAGACACUUGACGAUGGUCUUUCAGAUCACCCACCUGUAGGACAGUGUCAGCUGCAAAAUGCUACAAAACCAGAAUUCUCAAGAAACUGUUUGGACAUCCUGUGCUGGCUUGAAGGUGAACGGACAAAUUUAAUUUGUAAUGCAAAAAGCCACAGAGCAGCAGCCACUGCAAGCCUGCUCACUGUUAGACCUCAAUUAGUUGUACAGAUGAAUGUUAUUUUAGAUGAAGCAAACCAUGCUGCUCAGUGUGCCGGGGAAGAUACUGCCAUGUGCUCCAUUUCUCUUCAUGGCAAUGAUGCAACUGCCUCAUUGAACAUCAGUAUAUCUUUAAAUGGGAGUACUGCAGUGUCACCCAAGAUGCAAGUCAGCACACAUCAUCUGCGAAGACCAGAGCCACCUGUUAAUCUGCAUUAUGAUGUGACGACUGAAGGCGAAGUAAUAUUCAAAUGGAGUGAUGCACAACCUAACAGUGAUGCCAUAAACUAUGAGAUCCGAUACACAUCCAAUUCCUCGCUUCAGCAGUGGAAGGUGGUGAAGGUUAAAGGUCGUUCCUGGGUCUCUCAGAAUGAGCUCAGUUCUGGGAUUAGAUACAUGGUUCAAGUGCGCUGCCAAAGCCACAUCAACUACUGGAGUGAAUGGAGCCAACCCUUUAGUCUCACACUGGAUGUCAGUUACAUCCCUGCUGAAAUCUUCACAACACCAGGGUCAAAGGUCACGGUUUACGCCGUCUUCCACAACCGCAGCUGGAGUGCUAGUAAAGCUGUGUGGAUGCUUAACGGGCAGGUGAAGAUUCCAGAAAGCCAGUACAGGGUAAUCAACGAUCAGGUUAGCGCAGUCACUGUGACAGUAGAUGAACCAGGGUUUGAUACUCUGAUGUGCUGCCACCAGUGGGGAGAGAGGUUCAAGUGCAUCAUCGCCUAUGCCAAAAUAUACACAAAAGGGAUGUUUAAAGCAGAUUUUACCUGCCAGAGCAAGAAUUCAGAGGUGGACACCAUGAGCUGUAAGUGGAAUAAGAUCACUUGGGCACAAGUCAGACUACUUUACAGACAAUAUACAUCAAUGUGUGAGACCAUACCAGAGAUGGAGGGCAGCAAAGAAGAUGAAGAAAACAUGGAGUGUCCAUCUGCAGCAGGAGACCCCAGGGAGUGCACUUUAAGAAACCUUAGUCUGUACUCCUGCUACAAAAUUUGGUUGGAAGUGGAAGGAGGGCAUGGAAAAGUGAGGUCAAUUCCUGUCUACGUUGCACCCAUUGACUAUGUGAAACCAGAUCCUCCCUCAGAUCUGGAAGCAACCACUUUGCCAAAUAAAACCUUGAGUGUAAGCUGGAGACGCCCCAAUUUGCCAGUAUACGACAUGCAGUACGAGCUGCGCUUCGUGGCUUUGCGUGAGAUGGCAAAUACACAGUGGAAGGUAAUCGGUCCUCUUCUGGAACCACUGGCAGAGGUUCAGCUUGCAGAGUCCUGUGUUCAGUUCAAAGUAGAAGUUCGCUGUAGAAGACUGAAUGGCUCUGGAUACUGGAGUGACUGGAGUAAGGGUUACACUUCAGCUGUUUACAACAGGAAAGCACCAGAGAUGGGACCAGACUUCUGGCGUGUUAUACAACAGGAUCCUGUUAGACAUGUGACAAACGUCACUCUUAUUAUUAAGCAGCCUGUCCUAGCAGGAGAUCCAUAUAGUUGUGUGGAGGGUCUGGUGAUUGAACACCAGGCCUCGGGGAGAGCCGUGUGGUCAAACGAAACCACAUUGGCUCAGUUUCACUCAUUCCAGUGGAGGAAGGAAGCGCACACAGUCACCAUAAUGUCUCGCAAUGCUUUGGGCAUCUCAACACGGAAUCGAAACAUGACGUUGUUGCAUCAACCCAAACGAAGAUGUAUACGUUCAUUCAGCGCAGUUGCAAAUUCUAGCUGUGUGUAUCUUUCCUGGAGCCUGUUAUCUGAUAAUUCAGUGCCUCAGUCAUUUGUCAUCGAAUGGCUAGACCUGAAAAAAGACCCUGAACAGGACGUGUCUUUGACUGAGAGGCUGCAGUGGGUCAGAGUUCAGUCCGCAUCAAGAGAUCUCUCCCUUUGCCGUCGUUUUUAUGGCUCAGAAGAGUUCACCUUGUAUCCAGUGUUUGUGGAUGGUGAAGGGGAGUCAGUGCGAUACACUGCUACUAGGGGUGACCCUGCAGCAUACAUACUCCUACUGAUCAUUGCGUUCCUGUCAGUGGUGCUGUUUGUCACUCUUCUGAUGUCACAAAACCAGAUGAGAAAACUCAUGUGGAAGGAUGUUCCAAACCCCAACAAAUGUUCCUGGGCCAAAGGAAUGGACUUCAGGCAGAUUGACACCAUAGAGAACCUGUUCCCUCACCCAGAGGGUCUCACUGCCUGUCCACUGCUGCUAGUCUCUGAGAGCAUCUGUGAGGUGGAAAUCAUUGAGAAAACUCAUCCUGUUUCGCUUGAACAUGAAAAAGACAAUGAAGUACCCAUUUAUAAAUCUGGAGACGAAACAGCUACAGAUUCUGCCCUUCUAGCAGACUCCUCUGAACCUCUGUCUCUGGAGGCUUCCACUGCUGCUGCUACUCCAGAAACAUCAGGCCAGUCCUCGGUGACGUACUCGAACGUUCUCCUCUCCGAUCAGCCCAGUCUCCUUCGAAAGCAGCAGGAGAGUCUGAGCAGCUCCAGUGACGAAGGCAACUUCUCUGCCAACAACUCAGACAUUUCUGGCUCUUUCCCUGGGGGACUCUGGGACCUGGAGAACCAUGUGUGCUCUGACAGCGCCAAUCCCCACCAUUCCAGCUCCUAUAACUCUGUGGAAGAGUUCUCAGAAACAUCAGAUCAAGAUUAUGAAGCACCAGAAAGCACAGGUGUAGCCAAAGACCUCUACUACCUCGAGGUGAACGAAGAGCAGGAGGAAGAAGAUGAAGAGGAGAUUGCGGAAACCCAGACUGAACAGGAAAAUAAUGAAAUGAAGGUGGACGCCAAGUCUCUUCUAGAAGGCAAAAAAUCCACAGCCGUCGAUUCCAAUGCAUCUCACAGCAUUCCUCUUUAUGUGCCUCAGUUUCGGACUGAAUGCAUUAAUCCGCCCUGAAAUAAUAACAACAGCACCACUUGGUGGUAAGAAGGGAUAAUGUUUUUCUUCAUUGGAUGGAGGUCCACAGAAUGCCACAGUUUUUCACUAGGGCUGCACCAUUUGAGAAAAAAAAAUUAAUAAAAAUGUCGAGUUCAAUUUAAAAUUUUUAUUUCAUUAUUAUUUUUUUUUAAAGGAAAAG